AUGAGGUUAUCGGGUUCGCGUCGCGCCCUUCGCCCGCGCGACCGCGCGCGACGAAACGAGGCGGCGACGGAGCCCUGUUUGUGGGCCCAGCUCUGCCCGGAGCCGGAGGACCUGCCGGGCUUGAACCGCUUGCUGGCGAGGUGUUUGAAGAUUGCUAGCCACGGGCCCUACCGGCUGAGCCCAUCUCUGUGCAUGCAGUUCUCCAAAUGUACCCAGCUUGAAGAGCUGGCGCUCAGCGGGUUCAGGGGACACGACCUCGAGAACUUCUGCCAGCAAAGGUGCCAGGUGAACUCCUUGCGGGCCCUGUCCAUCGAAUGCGACCCAUACUUCAACCUAGGCAGCUUCUCCCACAACACCGGCGCGCACAUGGCCUCGCUCCCCGCGAAGUGGCUGAGUUGCUUCCCCAACCUGGAGCGUCUGGUCUGUGACUAUCUGCGGGUGGAGGGCGAGUCCGAGCCGGACCACUGCGAGUCCGAGUCGGAGCCGGAGAUGCUGUGGCGCGACAGCCUGUCAGAGGUGGAGUCCGUGACUGCGCCCGGUCCCGGCCCGCGGGACGUGCCCGGGGGGGCGGGGGCAGUUGCCGGGCUCCCGCGCUCCGCCAGCGCCUCUCCACUGGGCAGUGUGGCGUCCACUGCGGCGUCUGCGACGCCGCGCUUGGAGCUGCCGAUGGUGGUGCGGCACAGAGAGGCGUCCCAGCGAAGCUUCGCCGGGUCGCCUCAGCUCUCCCCGCGGCGCAGGCUGCGGGAGCUGAGCUUGGUGGCGGUGGUGAAAGGCGUGGGCUCCACCUGGAACUCCCCGCACUGCCGCUGUGACCUGCCGGCGCUGGCGCUCCUGGCGCCCAACCUGCAGAAGCUCCAGGUGCGUAGCCCCAACAUCGCCCUGGGGCGCAUGAGCCGCCGCCCCGGCCAGCGCAUCGAGGGGCUCAUCAAGGUGAGUCGCCACUUCUGCAGCACCGGGCUGCGGGAGCUCCUGGGCGCGGGGUACCAGUUCCCCAAGCUUCGGGAGCUGCAGGUGGAGGUGCUGAAGGACGACACGGGUCAAGCCUGGGAUUCCCAGGGCUCGGUGCUGUCGCUGCCCAAGGCGCAGACGCGCACCUCGCACCUGGCUUUGGCCUUGGCGGUGCACGACAGGCCCUUCCGCCUCUCCGUGGGCGCCUCCUGCACCCUCGCGGAGAAGCUCCGGUCCGCCGCUUCCGCGCUGAGCGGCGCCACCCUGCCGCAGACUUCCGCCGCCUCCGCGGAAGGCUCGGUGGCGCUGCUGCGGCGCUUCGCGGCGGCGGAGCAGCACCUGGCGCUGCUGCAGCACUUGGAGCACUUCGAGCAUCGAGAGGCCGCGCCGGUUUCAGAGGAGGUCGCUUUGGUCGGGGAGCUGGACUUAGAGAUCCAGGAAGUCGCAUAA